AUGGAGCAGACCAAGGCGCUGAACGCUCUAGAGCCAUUCCUCGCGCUCUCAAAAUCAGCAACCUCACACCGCGCCGCCGCCGACCUCGUCACUCGCGCAACCUCCGCCCCAAACACCUUCCUCUUCACCGAGCUCCUCCAGACGCCCCAGAUUCAGGCCCUCGCCUCCGACCCCGAAUUCACACCCUACCUCACCCUCCUCCAGAUCUUCUCCUACGGCUCCUACGGGACGUACAACGCCGCCGCCAACCUCCCCGCCCUCAACGACACGCAGGCACUCAAGCUCAGGCAGCUCUCGCUCAUAUCCCUCGCCAGCGACCGGUCGAGCCUGUCGUACGAUGCCCUCCAGAGAGCGCUGGGCCUCGGCUCCGCUCGAGAGGUGGAGGAGCUCGUCAUCACAGCUAUAUACGCCGGCCUGCUGCACGCCACCCUCGAUCCCGCCCGCCAGGCCGUCCAGGUGACGAGCGUUGCGCCCCUCCGCGAUCUCGCCCCCGGCACCAUCCCAGACAUGAUCAGCGCCCUGCAGAACUGGGCCGGCCGCUGCCAGUCUACGCUCGGGGACCUCGAGGAGCAGAUGAACAGUAUCCGCGCUGCGGCCAUCGCGCGGGAGACGGAGAAGCGGACAUCGGAAAGCAUGUUCCAAGGCGUGAUUGACAGCUUGGGAGACUCGGAUAAGGGUGGUGUCAGCGGCAUGCUCUCGGCUUACUCGCGGGAUAAUCUAGCUCGCAGAGCGCUCAGCAAGCGCGCCGUGGCGGAAGGCCUGGGAGCAGGUACGCUCGCCGAGUCGAUGGAGCUUGAUGAUGCGUCUGCGGCGGAUGAUCUGGCCAAGAGAGCCGGCAAAAGGAAGUUGUAG